AUGAGUGGAGGCGAAGCGCAGAUAGGGCAUCGUGCUCGAUGGACAAGAGGCGCGAGGCUAGCCCGCGCGAGAUGUCACGGAGCUCCUUGUGCAAGCGCGCUUCUUCAAAUGCGCCGGAUCCCAGAGCUCUCGGCGAUUCGUUCAGUUUCACUUCUGACAUGUGGCUCGCAAACUGAGAUUCUGCACUGA